UCAUAUAUUGAGAGCUACAUCCACAAUCCUUCUCUCGGAACAUCUUUCUCUUUCCUAGCUCCCUUUUUAUCACCAAUCGUUGGUUGAGUUAACACACCACCCUCACUAUUGCUCUACGCUUUGUCCAAUAUUCUUUUCCACUCGAGUCAACGGUGAAUUCCUUAAUGAAUAUUCACAAAAGUUGGAAUGACAAGAAGAAGAAUGACUAGUAACACGAGGCGUUAUGACGAAGAUCUUGCUAUAUUUGGCUUACGAUAGAGGUUAACACAUUUCUCGUUUCUCUUUUAGUCGAUCUCUUGAAUAAUUCUCUAUAUUAUUGUUGUAUGAGCUUGUGUUUAUUCGAGAUAACAAAAUGGAUGUGGUUAAAGACAAAGAAAAGAAAGGGUUUAUUUAUAAAACAUGGGAACGUUGCAAAUCAUUUCGUAACAUUGGAGCUAAGAGCUCGUUUGGAAACAAACGAGCUCCUGUCAAAAGAUGUACAUCAUGGCCUCGAGUAGAUCCAAACAAAGGAAAAACACUUAAUAUUGCUCCAAAGGGUUGUUUCUCGGUCUAUGUUGGUCCUCAAAGGCGAAGGUUUGUGAUUAAAGCCGAGCAUGCGAAUCAUCCGUCCUUCAAAGUGUUUCUUAUAGAAGCCGAAUGCGAAUACGGGUAUACACACGAGGGCCCACUUGAGCUUCCGUGUGAUGUUGAUGAGUUUGUAAAGGUUUUGUUACAAAUGGAUGAUUGCUACAAGGUUAUCUGUUCUCAAUGAUGUAUCUUUGGAGGAUCAAUAGGAAUCCUAUCGUCUUCAAGUUUGGACUUGUGUAAUAUAUUAUUAUUGCAAAUGAAUGGUGUUUUGUAUUUAUUUAAAAUAAAAUUGGUUUUUGUAUUUAUUUAGAUU